CAGAGGAGAGAGGAUUCAGCAAUAUGCAGUUAAGCUAGCUUAGCAGAGACAGGACUCAGGAGUGGAAACCUGCUCAGCUGCUCUCUCCAAACCCUGACUCCCCGACCCCCCACAACCUGCUUUGCUUGCUCUGCACUCCGCUAAUUCCUUCGGCGGCGAUCCCGACCAAGAAAUCCAAGUGCAAGCGGCGGCCGCGGAUCUCGUCGGGCGGCGGCCGCCACUAUGAUGAGCGGCAGCUCGCCUCCGGCGCCAUCGCUUCCCGCCGGGAGUGGAGGCUUCUUCAGGGGGUACACGAAGCUGUGCAAGGGCCUCGCCGUCAUAUUGCUCCUUGUGCACCUUGUAGUCCAGCUGUUCCCGUCCGCCGUCACCUAUCUCGCACUUAUCCCUGGAAGGACGAUCCCUUUUGCUUGGAACCUGAUAACUGCUGGCUAUGUCGAGCAAACAAUUCCAGGGGUGGUUGUCAGCAUCAUUGGUCUUCUUUUAUUUGGGAAGUUGUUAGAACCUCUAUGGGGUUCAAAAGAGUUAUCAAAAUUCAUCUUUAUUGUCAACUUUUCAACUUCUGCUUGUGUCUUCAUGACUGCCAUUGUGCUGUACUAUAUAACUCAGCAAGAGAUCUACCUCUAUACUCCUCUUUCUGGAUUUUAUGGGGUUCUAUCAGGAUUGUUGGUGGGCAUUAAACAGCUUUUACCUGAUCAAGAACUUAAUCUUUUUCUGCUAAAGAUCAAGGCAAAGUGGAUUCCAUCUCUUGUUGCAUUGAUCUCCAUUGUUGUAAGCUUCUUCGUAAAUGACUUGAUGUCUUACCUCCCAGUUCUGUUGUUUGGCAUUUAUAUGAGUUGGAUCUACCUCCGUUACUUUCAAAAGAGAGUUGAGACUGGACUGAAAGGAGAUCCAAGUGAGGAGUUCUCUUUCUCAAGCUUCUUCCCUGAAUUUGUAAGACCAAUUCUCGACCCAGUAGCAUCUGUAUUCCAUAGGCUACUUUGUGGAAGAUCCGAAAGAUCUGAUGCCAGGGGACAAACAUUAGAUACCUCACCACUGCCUGGUUCAGAUUCGAUUGAGGCAAACAGGAGGAGAGAGAGGGGUCAACGGGCACUGGAGCAAAGAUUAGCCGAGAAGCUGGCUGCAGUCAGAAGUUCAGAGGGCACAUCACUGGAUGCUGCUGACAAAGUUUGAGUCUUCUAUGCAAUGAACAACGAGCUGUGCAGUUUGUGAAUUCCUGGCGAUUCGUUUCUAUGUGAUUUCCUGAAGGAUUGAUCGAAUGCGAAUGUGUCAUGUAUGUUCAGCAGCCCCAGCCCCACUGCCGAGUGCUUCAUUUUUUGAUGGUUUUUUGUAGUUAUAUCAUCAGGAACCAACAAAUGAAGCGUUGCACUCCAUUUUUCCCAUGGUUUCUCUGUAAUCAACUAGUGAAGUUAUCAAGUACUAAGUAGUGUACAACGCGAUGCUCCAUAGACAAGAACUCAUCUAUGUUUAGUUUUCUGUUUGUUUCAUUCAAAUGGUGAGGUUGAUCCUUGAUAGUAGUUGACAGCAACAAGAUUAUUUUUUGUAAUCUUUAGAGCUUUGUAUCCACUUCUAAGUUCAAGGUAACUCUAAUAUUUACCUGUCGUCAUUUCCACUUCGGUAGCCAAGGACGAUGAACCCAGUACACUUGGCCCAUUGACAUUGCCAACUUUUGCCGAGUACUGGCUUUAUCUCUUUC